AUGGUCCCCGCAGUCAGCGAGUCCCUCUCCACCUCCAAAGACUUCACCAUCCUCGCGCCCUCGAACGACGCCUUCACCAAGGCCAUGCAGGCCGACCCCACGCUCGCCAAGAAGAUGACCAACGUCACCUGGGUCACCGACCUGCUCAUGUACCACGUCGUCGCCGGCAAGACCACCUCGGCCGCCUUCUCCUCGAAGCCCAAGUUCGCCAACACCAUGUUCGAGACGCCCUUCGCCAACGUCACGGGCACGCAAAAGGUCGAGCUCAACAAGAUGGCCGGCAAGGCCGUCGUCUACAGCGGCUUCAAGCAAAUGAGCAUCGUCGAGACGCCCGACAUCACCUUCACCGGCGGCGUGCUGCACGUCAUGGACUCGGUGCUGACGUUCCCCGGCACGCCGGCCGAGACGGCUAUGAACACGGGCCUGACGAGUAUGGCGGGCGCGUUGAUGAAGGCGGGCUUGGUGGAUGGGGUGGAUAGCCUGCAGGCCGCGACUGUGUUUGCGCCGACGAAUGCCGCGUUCCAGGCUAUCGGGGCGACUGUCACGUCGAUGCAGCCGGCGGAUCUUGCAAAGGUGCUGCAGUACCACGUCGUUCAGAACCAGGUCCGCUUCAGUACCGGAAUUACGACCAAGAUGGGGUUCAAGAGCUUGAUGGGGGAGAAGGUUACUUUGAGGAAGGAGGAGGGUGUGGUGUAUGCCAAUUCGGCCAAGGUGUCGGUUGCCAACAUCAUCACCAGUGAUGGCGUUAUGCACGUCAUUGACAACGUCCUCAACCCCGCCUCGCCGAAGCUCACCCCCUCCAAGUCCGCCGCGACCUCCCCCCUCGCUUUCAACGGAGCCAUCGCUGCCGCCAACGCCCCGUUCGCCGACACGGUAAAGCCGACCGCUAACUUCGUCCUCGCCGUUGAAUCGAGCGCGAUUAACGUCAAGGUCAACUUUGUUCAUGCCGUGCUUGGGUUCCUCGGAUGCCUGGCGGUGGUCAUGUUGUAA